UUUCUUCUUCAUUUCUUUCUCUCUCUUUUUUUCGUUAGAACUUCUUCUUUCAAAUCCCACUAGCCAUGUUGGAUGUCACGUUGGAUUUGAUCACCCAAACUGCUUCAAGCUUUCUGUUUGCCUUCUGCUUCUGCAACUUGAUCAUAGUCAUCAUCCUCGUGGGCUCGAAACCGGGCUCCGAAUUCGAGCAGCAAGCAAGUGAUACUCCUCCGCCGGCUGUCUCCAACACAAGCGCAAGUGGUAAAGACGUAAUAGUGGAUUCAAAAGAUGAAUAUCGCGAGGCAAAGAACGAAUUAGUGGUCGUGAAAGAAAUCUCAAAUGCGGAGAAAGCAGUCUGCGAUGACAACGAUGACGACGACAAGGAUGAUGAAGAUGAUGAUGAGCUGAGGAAGAGAGUGGAAGAUUUUAUUGAGAAGGUAAACAGAGGAUGGAAAGUAGAAUUGUCAAAACUUCGCAUUUAG